AUCUGAAUCUCAGUUUAGAGAGGGAGAGAGUCGAUCCGAUCUACCCGCCGACUGACGAUGAUGGCGUCUUCUUCAGUCGAAUCCGAUCAAUCUAGAAGAGUUCCAGAGCAGGAUCAGAAUAGCUCCUCGGGGACAAGGCAAAUUCCAGAACAGGAUCAGAACAGCUCCUCGGGACCGAAACAAGGCCCAGAACAGGAUCACAACAGCUCCCCGGGGUCGAAUCUACCACCCGAGGCAGCUUCAAGAUCUUUGGAGGGCCAAUAUCCCCAGCAGUCGUCCCCUCCAACCAUGGCCGGUCCGUACCCUCACCAACCCCCGCAUCACUACCACCAACCCCAUCACCCGCACGCAAUGGGUUACCCGCCCGUAAUGGGGUACCCGCCAGGCAACCCUCCUCCCCCAUACCCUGAGAAUUAUAGUCCCUACCAUAACUAUGCCUGUGCACCACCCAUGGCGCCGCACCCGCAUGCAGGAUACUAUCCUAACCCCAAUUAUUUGCCAGCACAUGCACAGCCCGUUCGCCAGUCAGUGAGCUCGAGGUUCGUCCGCGGGGUUGUCAUUGCUUUCAUAUUCCUCAUUGUCUUCUCGGCCACGUUGUUAAUCAUUGACGCAUUCCGAAAUCGACCAGAGAAACCCAUCUACCGCCUGGCCGCUUUCUCAGUCACCAACUUCAACAUCUCUAAUGCCAUUCUCACGGGCAACUGGGAGGCUAAAGUGAUCGUCGAGAACCGUUGUGACAGCUUCAAGAUCUCCCUGGACCGGUUCCAGAGCUCAAUAUAUCACCAGAAUCCCGCGGACUCCUUGGCAUGGAACGCGGAGGGGCCCCUCUCUCUUGACGCUAAAGCAAACACAACAAUAAUCUUAAGGAGCUCGAUGAUAAACAGCUCGCAGCCCAAAAGACCAGUGUUGGAUGAGAUCGACAAGGAGAGGAAGGACGGGUUGGUGAACUUCGGCCUGAUGAUGAAUAUGCUGGUGCAUUACAACUUGGAUUCCGAGAUGGUGUGGGAGCGGCCGCUAAAGAUUUUAUGCCAAGAUAUCAAGGUUGGGUUUGCGGCCGGGUCCACGAACGGAACCCUAGUAAUCGACAAGCCUAAGGAGUGUUCUAUUUCUUGGUGAUUUACGUUUGUAAUUCAUGUUUUCUUUUUUUACCUUCAAAAUCUUGUGUCACCUUCUUUUCAAAUGAAAAAAGGAAAAAAAAUGACUCCGGCCAAAUGUGGAGCAUGGAUUAUUGAUUCAUCCGGCGAAACCGAGAUUAGCUUACAAAGUAAUAGAUAUAUAAGAGAAUCAAAUCGGAUACUUAGCAAAAAAAGAAAAAGAAAAAAGAAUGACAUCAUUAUUUC